GAGUAGCAUGAGAGAGGCGCAUUGCUAUGCGCACGGGAAUUCAAAAGGUCCAAAUAAAAUGAUGUCUUUCAGCUAAUGAGCCAUACAAUGAAGCUGUGGGAAAGAGUAGUGGAAGCUAGAUUAAGGGCAGAGGUAAGCACUUGUGAGCAGCAAUAUGGUUUCUGGCCUAGAAAGAGUACAUUAGAUGCAGUAUUUGUUUUGAGGAUGCUGGUGGAGAAGUACAGAGAAGGUAAUAAAGAGUUGCAUUGUGUCUUUGUGCUGUAGAUCUAGAGAAACCAUACGACAGGGUGCCGAGAGAGGAGCUGUGGUGAUGUAUGAAAAGGCCUGGAGUGGCAGAGAAGUAUGUUAGAGUGGUGCAGGACAUGUAUGAGAGCUGUAAGACAGUGGUGAGAUGUGCUGUAGAUGUGACAGAAGAGUUCAAGGUGGAGGUGGGUCUGCAUCGGCUCUGAGCCCCUUUUUGUUUGCUUUGGUGAUGGACAGGUUGACAGAUGAGGUAAGACAGGAGUCUUCAUGGACUAUGAUGUUUGCAGAUGACAUUGUGCUCUGUAGCGAGAGCAGGGAACAGGUGGAGGAAAAUUUGGAGAGGUUGAGGUACGGCUCUGGAAAGCAGAGGAAUGAAGGUUAGCCGCAGCAAGACGGAAUACAUGUGUGUGAAUGAGAGGAACCCAGGAGGAACAGUGAGGAUACAGGGAGCAAAGGUAAAGAAGGUGCAGGACUUUAAGUACUUAGGGUCAACGGUCCAGAGCAAUGGAGAGUGUGGAAUGAAGGUAAAGAGGCGGGUACAGGCAGGUGGGACAAGGUGGAGAAAAGUCUCAGGUGUGUUGUGAGAUAAAAGAGUAUCAGCGAGAAUUAAAGAAAAGGUGUACAGGACAGUGGUGAGACCAGCGAUGCUCUACGGCUUAAAGACAGUGGGCACUGAAGAAAAGACAGGAGGCAGAGCUGGAGGUAGCAGAGCUGAAGAUGUUAAGGUUCUCCUUGGGAGUAACAAAAAUGGAUAGGGUCAAGAAUGAGUUCAUCAGAGGGACAACCCACGUUAGAUGUUUUGGAGAAAAAGUCAGAGAGGCCAGAUUGAGGUGGUUUAGACAUGUUCAGAGGAGAGAUUGUGAAUAUAUUGGUAGAAGGAUGCUGAGGUUGGAACUGCCAGGCAGGAGGUCUAGAGGAAGACCACAGAGGAGAUUUAUGGAUGCAGUGAGAGAGGACAUGAAGUUAGUUGGUGUGAGAGAAGAGGAUGCAGAGGAUAGGGUUAGAUGGAGGUAGAUGAUUCGCUGUGGCGACCCCUGAAAGGGAACAGCCGAAAGACAAAGAAGAGGAACUUAGAACCAGAAAAUAAACCUGAGCUCACAUCAAACCCUAAAGGAGCUGCGCUGACUGGAGACUCAGUGACUCUGUACUGUACACUGAAGCCGCAGUCUGAUGGUUGGACGUUUAACUGGCUCAAACAGACAAAGAAAUCUGAGAAAGAAGCAGACUACCGUUCCUUCACCACCAAACAUGACCAUUCCUACACCAUCAGAUCAGUUAGAGUCUCUGAUGGAGGUCAGUACAGGUGCAGAGCUGAAAGAGGAAACCCAGUCAACUUCACAGACUACAGUAAUGCACUCUGGGUAAAUGUUAUUGAGAGUCCUAAACCUGUGGUGAUUAUAAACCCUGAUACACGGGUAAUCAGAGGAGAGAGCGUGACUUUCAGAUGUAACAUGCAGACAGGAGGAGACACCGAGUGGACGUACAGCUGGUAUAAGAAUAACACACAGCUACAGAACACAGCACAGGAGUUUACAGACACAAUUGAUUCCAGUGGUGAAUACACCUGCAAAGGGAGGCAAGGUGACUCUAAGAGCUCACAGAUGAGUGAUCCUGUUAUGCUCUUUGUAUCAGAAAAACCCAAACCGACUAUGAAAGUGAAUCCUAAGAGCAUCUACACUGGAGACACAGUUACUCUGAGCUGUGAUCUACAGUCUAUUGGAUGGACUUUUUCCUGGUAUGAUCAUUGGGAAGCAAAAUAUCUGACCCCUGGAGAUUCACACAGUAACACACUCGAUGUGAUAAUCUCUAAUGAAGGACAAACAAAAUACUACUGUAAAGCACACAAGGGAGACUACGAGUCAAAGUUCAGUGAUCCAGUUACAGUUACAGUGAGAGCCAGACCGCAGCCUGUAGUGAAAGUCCAUCCAGCUGAGAGUGUGUUCAUUGGGGAAAGCGUCACUCUCACAUGUGAGAUACAGACUGGAGGAUCCUGGCAGUACCACUGGUAUAGAGAUAAUACAGAACUCAGUGAUGCUGCAGGAAAGGAAACAUACAGAAUAGCUGACGUUAAAGAGUCUAAUAAAGGUGAUUAUACAUGUAAAGGAACACAAUCAUCAGACCCAAAAUACACAGAGACCAGUGCUGCUGUUACACUGACAGUAUCAGAAAAACCCAAACCUGAACUCACAUCAAACCUUAAAGGAGCUGUACUGACGGGAAACUCAGUGACUCUGACCUGUAUACUGAAGCUACCGUCUGCUGGAUGGAAGUUUUACUGGAUUAAAGACACACAGAGCACUGAGACUAAAACUCACGACCACUAUGACUACUACUCCUCCUUUCACUACACCAUCACACCAGUUAAUGUCUCUAAUGGAGGUCAGUACAGGUGCAUAGCUGGAAGAGGAAACCCAGUCUACUACACACACUACAGUGAUGCACUCUGGGUAAAUGUUAUUGUGAGUCCUAAAGCUGUGGUGAGCAUAAACCCUGAUAAACAUGUGUUCAGAGGAGAGAGAGUGACUAUUAGAUGUGAAAUACAGGAAAGAGGAGACACUAAGUGGACAUACAACUGGUAUAAGAAUAAUAACACACUCGACCCAAACCGCACAACACAGGAGUUCAACCUCAGCCCAGUUACAAUUGAUAACGGGGGUAAAUACACCUGCAGAGGGAGGAGAAGCAGUGACUCUCAGAGCUCAGAGAUCAGUGAUGCUCUUACACUCACUGUAUCAGACCCAGCAGAGACAGUAGUGAGUGUGUCUCCACUGAGCUGGCUGACUGAAGGAGACUCAGUGACUCUAAGCUGUGAGGUUAAACACUCCUCUACAGGCUGGACAUUCAGCUGGUACACAGAUGUUCCCUACAGAGACAGUCAGGGUUCCCUCAGGUACAGGACAGCGCUCCUCUCAGACAGCAGCAGAGGAUCUGGAGGCUCCUACACUCUCAGUCCUGUUACUCUGAAUCACACAGGAGUUUAUAUGUGCAGAGCAGAGAGAGGAGAACCAGUCUUUCACACACACUACAGUGAACCACGGCCACUGUGUGUCACUGGUGAAUCUCCUCCAGUGUCUCUGAUCAUCAGUCCCAGCAGAACUCAACACUUUACUGCUGACUCUCUCUCACUGAGCUGUGAGGACCAGAGAGUCUCUACUGGAUGGACAGUGAGAGGACACACACACAGCGAGACACUGUUCAAUUGUUCAUCAGUUUUAGGAUCUACAUGCAACAUCCAAAGCCUCUCUAUAUCACACACUGGAGUUUACUGGUGUCAGUCUGAAUCUAAAGGAUGCAGUAAUCUUCUCAACAUCAUAGUGCACGGUGGUGAUGUGAUCCUGGAGAGUCCUGUCCAUCCUGUAACUGAGGGAAAUCCUCUGACUUUACGCUGUUUAUAUCGCAACACAAAGAUCUCAGACUCUGGUGUCAAUUUCUAUAAAAAUGAUUCAGUUCUCCAGGAGCAGACUAAAGAAGAGAUGACCAUCAGUAGUGUCUCAAAGUCACAUGAAGGUUUCUACCACUGUACACACCCAGAGAGAGGAGAGUCACCGAAAAGCUGGGUUUCAGUCAAAUUUUCAGCUUCUGGGUCCUCUGGUGUAGUUGUAGGACUGAGUUUGGCCUUUGUGUUUAUCAUCUUAAUCAUCUUAUUGAUCAUUUUGCUACGCCACAAGGAAACAAAAGGUAUAGGAUAUCAUAUUCCUUCCACAGUAAAUCAGAGCAACAAUCAUCCUGCAGAUGGUCACCCUAUCUAUGAAAAUUCUGCUUUGAGAUCUAGAGUUGAUUAUGCAGCUGGUUCCAGCAAUACAAUGUACUCACAGGUUGUAACUUGGAAAAAGUAUCAUAAAGAUGACUCUGCAUUGGGACAAAAUCAUACAGUUUACUCCAUGAUUGAAAUGAAAAACAUGAAUUCUAAAGAUUCUGCCACCGACCUGAGUGAUGUGACUUAUGUCGAACUUGACCUGACAAACCAAAAGAGGCCAAAAAGAAAACAAGAAAAGCGCAGUGAGGAAGCAGACACUGUUUACUCAGAACUGAACCAGAACACAGAUCAAGGAUAUUUCAGUGAAACUGCGGGUGCAGCUUAUGGCCAGGUUAACAAAAAGGGCAAAAGGGGAUAAUGCAGGUUCAUAAAGAAAGUCCAAAGUGUCCUAAAUGUACAUUAUAAAUGUUGUUUUAGAAUUUACUAUUAUUCACUUUAAGGUGUGUUUAUGUACUUACUAUAGUUUACUCAUGCUGUUUAUCUUUUAGUAAAAUGUAAAAAAAAAAAAUUGAUAAGCUUUUUUUUAUCUCACUGCUUUAAACAGUGAGUGAGUGAUGGCGUAUUGUCUGUCAGACAACCUUGCCAGAAGCUGUACUCUCUUGUUAUGGAAAAGAUGUUUCUGUUUGAGCUGAUGUUUCCUUUAUAGCACCCACUGUAUAUGCUUUGGUGUUAUAAUCUUCAAUUACUAUACAGGUGCAAUAAAAUGAAGUCAUCUGACUACCCGAAUGUACUGAAUGACCAGGUCAUCACAUCAAUUCUUUUUUUUUUCUUUACUGAUGGCAUGAACAUAUUCCAGGAUGACGAUGCCAGAAUUCUGGCUCCUGUAUGGUUUCUAAUUAGAAUGUGUAUUGAUACUAAGUUUAUACUUCUUCCAACUCCUUUUUGAACUUUUUUGUUUGUUAUAUUGUUUUAUGUUCCAAAUAAAAUAUUCAAAUAUUUAAAGUAAAAAUCAAAUUAAUCAAUAUUCAAUUUAAUCUUGCAAUCAAUUAGUCACCCUAGUUUAAUGUUAAAAAAAAGUCACUCAGCUGUUCAGUAUCGUAUACCUCACUGAACAUGAACAACACCAGAGAAAGCUAAUGAGGGAGUCAUUUGAGAAGAUCAGAAUGAAAAUAUUGACUAGCAUAUUAAAGGCUAAGGUAGUAAUAUACCAUUGACAACAGUUGGAAUUAUUAUUAAACGUUUAGGGUCCAGGGUUCAGUUGUUAUUAUUAUCAUUAGUAUUAUUAUCAUUAUUAUUAUUAGGACCUUUGUUUUUUGCUUUCCUGCUUUAGUAGUUUUUAUCACUAGUGUCACUUUGUUUAAUUGCACAGUUAAAUGUUUGUAUAUAUGUAUUUUUUUAUCUAUUUAUUUUUCAUGUUAUGACUUGAUUCUAAGCGUUGGCAAUGUGAGUGUAUGCAGGAAUCAAACACAUAUUAUUGUGUGUGUUCUGUAGGAUUCCAUCUAAAGUGUGUGUUAUCCCAUGUUCUGAUAAAUAUACUGUAAAUAGUGAUAUACUGUUUUGUGUGUGAUUAAACUCGAUGCAGAUAUUGUAAUUUUAUCU